UUUCAGCUUCGAAUCGACGCAGUUUUAUAGCUUACGUUUAAAAGCGCAAGCUGAAACUGGACCGGGCACAGCGUAGUUGUGCACAAACGUAGUUCCGAUGAUCUCGAUAGAUUCAUCUUUCUUUUACUUGUCUGCCCUGUGUAUUUUAGUAGUCAUCGUCUUUCUGUUUUACACAAAAGUCGGAUGGAAAAGUAUCAUCCGCUCGCCGCUAAAUGUGUUAAUUGACGUUUUCUACCGCCGAAUAACCACCUCUAAGGAUCGACCUGCGAUAUUCAAGAACCAUCUCCAAACGUUUCCAUGGUUGAGCCAGCUAGAAGCUAACUGGGAAGCGAUUCGAGAUGAGCUGUUGUCUUUCGUGGAAAAAGGCACAGGGAUGUGUAACGUUCAUACUACUGGCGGAGACGAACUUAACAAAGAAAGCAAUUGGAAACUGGCGAUGAUUUUGGGCUAUGGCAAACCCAUAGACGAAGUCAAGGGCUACUUUCCCUUGACUCUGUCUAUUUUAGAGAAGCUUCCCGAAGUUCAGAACGCUGCUUUCUCUCUUCUGAAAGCAGGUGGAUCCAUUCCCCCGCAUUGUGGAUCAACAGCGUCGAUUCUUCGCUACCACCUGGCGCUGAUUGUCCCGGAUAAUGGCAAGCACUCAUGGCUCACAGUUGCCGGGGUCAACAUACCGUGGGGAGCGGGGAAAGGCAUCUUGUUCGACGAUACGUUUGAGCAUUCUGCUUGUAAUGGAGCUGAAGAAGAUCGCGUUGUGUUGAUUGUGGACAUUUUCAGACCAAAUCUUGGACUUGUGGACGGAUUAAUUCAAAAACUAGAAGUGUGGAAACGUACGCAGGACUUUAUUGCUGGCAGGCAGGGAUAAUCUGAACUUGUCUAAUGUUGUUGGCCGAAUUCCAGAUUUUGAUUUCGUAUCCGUAAUUUUCUCCGAAUUGGAACCGUUCCCAUAAGGGGCUUUUAUCGAGUUAUUUCUCAGUGUGUUUGCAAAAUUAGAUAUGUAAUUAACGAAAUCAGUAUUCUUAUGAUUAACCUUAUUUGAACCUGUUUUUGAAAUCUUUUCUGCUUGUGUUAAGGCAAUGGAAUGAUAAAAGAAAGAUUGUAAAAAGUUUUUACUCACUAUAAGACCUCUUAGUUCUUGAUGCUUGAAGCUAUGUAGACUCCAUAUGCUGUUUCAUAUGACAAUUUGAUUCGUUACCGGGAAACAGAUCCAGAGGAACAUUAUCUCCUCUUCUGACUGAUUUUACUUUUUGAAGGUUGUUUCGUACCUCCUUCUGUACGUAUGGAAAGUUAAUUAGGGGUUGAAUUCAAGUUGAGUGGUGCUAGUAUUAAUCAUCACUAUUUUAUCAGAGUGAAAAUAUGAGAUAACUUUCGUAAGUUCUGGAUAAAUGUCGCUAUUAACCUUGAAAAUUAUGUCAGUUGAUGUCAAUAUACUAAUGAAUGCACGUUCUUUGUGAAGCUGGA